AUGGGUCGUCAAGUCAUCUUCGACGGUUGUCACCUGGUGGAGCGGAAAAACGGUGACUUUGCAGCUCUUUGGUGGCUGUCACUUGACAGAGAGGAGCUAGACGGAGGUGGGGCAUGUGUCAAGAAGCUUCAUCCUCAAGUCUGUGCAACAAGAGGAGGCUCUUCAUCCCAUCUGGUACGUGAUAAGUCUUCAUUAUCAUGAGUUAAUAAUUAGUAAAUAAUAUAGUUUUAGGUUUAACUCAUGAUAGUUAGACUUAUAUUUGUGUUAAAGUGUGAAAACUAGUUUUCAAUUGAUUAAUGUGAAUUUUUAGGUAAUUAUGUGAUUUUAUAUGUUUUUUACAAUCUUACUUUUGAGAUAAAUGAAGAAUAAGAAAUAAAAAUAUUGCAAAAUAGGGGGGACCUGCCAGCCAGCCAGGCCCGCAAGCAGGUCGGAAGCAUAGUCAGGGAGUAGCCGCGAGCAGGGGCUCAAGCGGCUUGGACCAAUAGGGGCACGUGUGCACCACUUCCCUUCCACGUCACCGGUGGCCAGCCAGUUGUGGGGCAAGGAGUGGUCAUACAUGCGAGAGAAGGGACUUAGCUUAGAAAUCUAACAUUACUAUAUAUUCGCUCAAAAAAUUGGUGCACAACUGAUGUGAGACUAAACCUGCGUCACACUUUCCUCAGAAGAGCCGGGCGACCGGUGCGGGUUUGAGUCCUUCUAGAGUCAAAAGUCAUAUAUUUUUAUCUGAUUAUUGUGACUUUUUUGCAGAUCGUCGGUGAAGGAUUAAGCAACGAGAAUCGCUGGAUCAUCAACAAAAAUCUCAUCAACGCGAUCCAUGCAGCAAGAGGAGGCUCUUCAUCGCAUCUGGUACGCUCUCAAGAGGUGGCGACUCGUUAAUUAAUCGAAGAUGAUUUAGUCGAUGGAUUCGCGAUUCUUUUAUUGCAAAUCCUUCAGCAAUUUUAGUAGCAAUGCUUCGCGAAUCGCGUUGAUGAGAUUUUCACCGAUGAUCCAGCAAUUCUUUACCAGCGAUCUGUAGGAAAGUCACAAUAAUUAGAUAAAAAUAAAUGACUUUUGACUCUGAAAGGACUCAAACCUGCGCCGGUCACCCGCCUCUUCUGAGGAAGGUGUGAUGCAGGUUUAGUCCCACAUCAGUUGUGCGCCGAUUUUUCAAGCAAAUAUAUAGUAAUGUUAGAUGAUAAGUCUUCAUUAUCAUGAGUUAAUAAUUAGUAAAUAAUAUAGUUUUAGCCUUAACUCAUGAUAAAUAGACUUAUAUUUCUGUUAAAAAAUGAUUUGUGGUUUUCAGUUGAUUAACGUAAAUUUUUGGGUAAUUAUGUGAUUUUAUAUGAUUUUUACAGUCUUACUUUUGAGAUAAAUGAAGAACAAGAAAUAAAAAUAAAAAUAUUGCAAAAUGGGGGAUCCACUAGCCAGCCGGGCCCGCAAGCGGGUCGAGGAGUAGCCGCUAGUAGGGGCUCGAGCAGCUUGGCUUAGGGACCGAUAGGGCACGUGUACACAACUCCCCUUCCACGUCACCGGUGGCCAGCCGACUAUGGGGCAAGGAGUGGUCGUACACGCGAGAGAAGGGACUUUGCUUACAAAGCUAACAUUAAUAUAUAUUCGCCCGAAAAAUUGACGCACAACUGAUGUGGGACUAAACCCGCGUCACACCUUCCUCAGAAGAGGCGGGCGACUGGCGUGGGUUUGAAUCCUCCCAAAGUCAAAAUUCAUAUAUUUUUAUCUGAUUAUCGUGACUUUCUUGCAUAUCGCCGGUGAAGGAUUAAGCAACAAGAAUCGCUGGAUCAUCGGCGAAAAUCUCGUCAACGCGAUUCACAGAGUAUUGCUACUAAAAUUGUUGAAUGAUUCAUGAUAAAAGGAUCGUGAAUCCAUUGAGUAAAUCAUCUUCGAUUGAUCGACGAACAAGCCGUCGUCGAGAAGAGGACGAUCCACUGGGAGACUAGUCACCACCUCCUAAGAGCGUACCAGAUGCGAUGAAGAGCCUCCUCUUGCUGUGCAGACUUGAAGAUGAAGCUCCCUGACAUGCGCCCCACCUCCAUCCAGCUCCUCUCACGUCAAAAUUUGACGUGACUUAGUCGUUGUAUAUUAAAUCACGUAAAUAUAAAAUUUAUAAAACAAGAAAAUACGAAUUUUUAGAUAUUUAGAAGUAUUUCUAAAUAAAUAUAUCAAUUAUAAUUUAAUAAAAAUUCCAAAAAUAGUAGUAAUUUUCGAGGUCGAUCAUAGGAUGUAAUAUAAUAUCUAGUAAUUAUUCAAAAGUUUUCUCAAUGAAUACGAUUUUCUAUGAAUUUUAUACUAGGAAAUAAAAAGGAAAUAUAUUUAAAAUUCACGAAAAAGGGAAAUAAGGGUGCGAACGUCAGGAUGACAUCAGCACCUAGUGAGCGUGAAUCGGGUGGAAAUAGAGUUCCGCCUGACGAUUCUUACGUAAGUGAUUACGGAUGAUUUAAUUGAUCAAAUUAAGAUAUGUAAGAGCCAGAAGAAUCAUAAUAGAACAAAGUAUAUUUUGGUAAAUUAAAAACACAAAAAUUAUCACUAAAUGAAGUGUAAUGUAAAUUGAAAGCAGGAAAAUAGAGUUCCGACGUCGCAACGGUGAUGCGUCAGCGAUGCACUGGAAUCUUGAGCAUUCAAGAGGGUCGUCGUGUAGUGUCCACGGCCUCGAAGGCUCUCCUUAGACAAAGACAACAUGGGCAAUCUCUAGAUCUUCUCACGAAGUCUAGAGAUCAAUGAAGUGGGUCGUCGAAUCGUCUUCGGUGGCUGUCACUCAACAGAGCAGAAAAAUGGCGACUUUGUGGCUCUCCAGCGGCUGUCACCUGAUAGAGAGGAGUUGGAUGGAGGUGGGGCGUGUGUCAGGGAGCUUCAUCCUCAGGUCCACGCAACAAGAGGAUGCUCUUCAUCACAUCUAGUAUGCUCUCAAGAGGUGGUGACUAGUCUCCUGGCGAAUCGUCCUCUUCUCGACAACGGCUUGUUCGUCAAUCAAUCAGAGAUGAUUAACUCAAUGGAUUCGCGAUCAUUUUAUUGUAAAUUGUUCAACAAUUUUAGUAGUAAUGCUCCGCGAAUCGCGUUGACGAGAUUUUCACCGAUGAUCCAGCGAUUCUCGUUGCUUAAUCCUUCACCGGCGAUCUGCAAGAAAGUCGCAAUAAUCAGAUAAAAAUAUAUGAAUUUUAACUCUAGGAGGAUUCGAACCCACGCCGGUCGCCCGCCUCUUAUGAGGAAGGUGUGACGCGGGUUUAGUCCCACAUCGGUUGUGCGCCGAUUUUUCGGGCAAAUAUAUAGUAAUGUUAGCUUUGUAAGCAAAGUCUCUUCUCUCGCAUGUACGACCACUCCUUGCCCCACAGCCAGCUGGCCACCGGUGAUGUGGAAGGACAGUGGCGCACACGUGCCCCUAUCGGUCCAAGCCAAGCCCCUCGAGCCCCUACUAGCGGCUACUCCCCGACUAUGCUUCCGACCCGCUUGCGGGCCCGGCUGGCUGGCGGAUCCCCCAUUUUGCAAUAUUUUUAUUUUUAUUUCUUGUUCUUCAUUUAUCUCAAAAGUAAGACUGUAAAAAUCAUAUAAAAUCACAUAAUUACCCAAAAAUUCACGUUAAUCAAUUGAAAACCAUAAAUCAUUUUUUAAUACAAAUAUAAGUCUAUUUAUCAUGAGUUAAGGCUAAAACUAAAUUAUUUACUAACUAUUAACUCAUGAUAAUGAAGACUUAUUAUUAGAUUUCUAGGCCAAAUCCCUUCUCUCACAUGUACGACCACUCCUUGCCCCAUAGCCGGCUGGCCACCAGUGACGUGGAAGGGGAGUAGCAUACAUGUGCCCAUAUCAGUCCAAGCCGCUCGAUCCCCUUCUCGCAGCUACUCCCCGACUAAGCUUCCGACCUACUUGCGGGCCCGGUGGGUCCCCUUAUUUUGCAAUAUUUUUAUUUUUAUUUUUUGUUCUUUAUUUAUCUUAAAAGUAAGAUUGUAAAAAUUAUAUAAAUCCACAUAAUUAUCCAAAAAUUCACAUUAAUCAACUGAAAACGCUUUUUCACACUUUAACACAAAUAUAAGUCUAUUUAUCAUGAGUUAAGGCUAAAACUAUAUUAUUUACUAAUUAUUAACUCAUGAUAAUGAAGACUUAUCACAUCCCCCAACUUAAAUCAUUGCUAGUCCCUUAGCAAUGGAAUUAUGAAAAUAAAAUUUUAUAAAUCUCAAACAUCAUAUUUCAAUAUAGAAAGAAAAAAAGACAAUUAAAAAUGAUGCACCUUUAAACACUUUGGAUUCUUAUAUCAAGUAUUUAAGAAUGAUGUCAAGCACUUAAAUGUUUAAGCACUCCUUGGAAUAACAACCUAGACUUCACUUCUUCUAUUCACAUCUUUAUCACUUCUUCACUCAUAGAUGUAUUUACAAGAUAUUUCAAUUAUCAAUACUCAUCCAAGAAUAAUAUUGAUCCUACAUUUCUCUUUUUCUAUGACUUAAUUUUUGAAAUUUGCACUAUAUUUCUUCCUUCUUUUUUUUUUUUAUAAAUAGUGGAUAAGUAGCGUUUCCUGUAGACAAAUUUUGACAAUAAGAAUGAUGUCUCACACCCUCCAUAUGUACUCUUCAUUUUCAAGGCUUUCACUUUAUCUACUUAAUUUUCAGCAAGUGUUUUUCUAUGCACGAUUUUCGACAAGGAGAAUGAUGUCUCACACCCUCCAUGUGUACUCUUCAUUUCUAGAUUUUUCACAUUGCUCUCUCUUUUUUUUUUUCUCAAAAUAAGUGAUUUCUCCUCACAAGUCCUAUAGAUCAGGGUACAAAAAUCUCUAUUAAACUCAAAUGAUUAAUCAAAUUUUCACAUCAAGUAAAUACUAUCCAUCAAGAUCAUGAAGUGAAAACCUGUAAAAUAAAAUCCAUGUUAUCUAUCAUGUAUCCAAAGAGUAUUCCAACAUUUCAUGCUAUUAGAUCAUUCUUUUAACUCAAUAAUAAUCUUUCUAGUAUCUUUUGGUAUCAAUCAAUCUAAUUGAUUUAAUUUUUCAUGCAUGUAAGAUGAUGUAAGAAAUUUGUAAAUUAGAUAGUUCUGACAAUUCUGUUUUUUGUUUUCAAUUCUAUUUUUAGCAGCAAUAAAUUUAUCAAAAAUAAAUCAAAACUAUCCUCUUUAUAGCUGUAAUUUCAAAUUUCAGUAAUAUAUAUCUAGAGGAUUGAAAUGUGAGAAAAGGGUCUUCUAGAAUUUCAAAUUUCAGGCUAUUUUUUAUCUGCUAUUUUUGAUAGUCUGUUGUUUUUAACAAAAAACCAGAAAAUAGAUGUUACCUAUUUUUCGAAAUUUAUUUUAUUUUUAUUUUUUUAAUUGCUGUUUUAGGUUGAAUAAAAUGCAAACACAUGUUCUUAAUCGUCUUACAGCAUAAAUUAAUAAUGAAUACUUCACUCCCCAACUUAAAAAUGACAUUGUACUUAAUGACAUAGAAAAAUCGAAAUAGAAUAUACAGAAAAUAUAAUUUUCAUGUGAAGCAUGCAUAUGUGCAAAGUUAAGUAUUAAAAAUAUUUUCAUAAAUGAUAAAGCUCAAAAAGACAUCACCUCAACCUCAUUUUUAAUUUCUACUUCAUCUUACACUCCUCCUACACUUUUUCAUAAAAAAUAAAUAUAGAAAGAAGUACUGCGAAUUCUAAGGAAAACAAAGUUCAAAACAAAAUCAAACAGAAUGAAAAAACCAUGGGUUGCCUCCCAUGCAGCAUAGCAUUUAAUGUCUCUAAUUGGACAGGUCUUAAAUCAUAUAAGAUGAUCUAUGGCCAUCAAAAUAUAUUUGUAUCCCAAGGUAAGUUUCAUGAUAUUCUUUUUUAGGUUUAGCAUAAAUUCAUAUACUUCAUAUAUAUAACUUGACAUACUUUCAACCAAAAUAAAAUGGAAAUUAAUAAAAUUUUCCCAAAAAUAAUAUUUCCAUUUUGAAAAGAAUAUUUCCUUAUUUCUAUCUUGUUUGUAAGGCUCUCAUUCAUUAAUAAAUACUUUCUAUUAAUAGACCAUAAAAUGUGAUCAGGCCAUAUAAUUUUCAAAUUAGCUCUUGACCAAUCUAAAACUUUUUCAUUUAAAUUGAUAUCUCUAAUUCUUCCACCCAUUUCUUCAUGUGUUCUUUUAUCUUCAUAAUCUUCUGCUGCUCCAUUUUAUCUUCCAUACCUAUUUGUUCAAUUUAUGAGGAGUGAAAUAUUUCAAGUUUAGAAAUAAUUAUAAUGGGCUGUGGGUUUUGAAGGAUGGAAGGAUUGUCUUCUUUAAUCUCAGAUCUAAUGAAUUCAGAAAAAUUCAAAUUUUCUCCUCCAAAAUUAUCUCUAUAUUCAUAUCGGUCAAACCCUAACAUGCGCCCCAUCUCCAUCCAGCUCAUUUUCAUUGGGUGACAGUCGCUAGAGAGCCGCAAAGUCGCCGUUUUUGUGCUCCGUUAGGUGACAGUCGCCAGAGACGACUCAAAAACUCAUUUCAUUAAUCUCUAGACUUCGCGAGAAGAUCUAGAGAUUGCCCACGUUGUCUUUGUCCAAGGAGAGCUUUCGAGGCUGUGGACACUACACGACGAUCCUCUCGAACACUUAGGAUUUUAGUGCAUCGCCGACGCAUCGCCGUCGCGACGCUGGAACUUUGUUUUCUUACUUUCAACUUACUUUAUGCUUCAUUUAGUGAUAGUUUUUGUGAUUUUAAUUUACCAAAAUAUACUUUGUUCUAUUAUGAUUCUUCUGGCUUUUACAGAUCAUAAUUAGAUCAAUUAAAUCGUCUAUAAUCGCUUACGUAAGAAUCAUCAGGCAGAACUCUAUUUCUGCCCAAUUCACAUUCGCCAGGUGCUAACGUCAUCUUGAUGCCCGCACCCUUAUUUCCUUUUUUUUUCAUGAAUUUUGAAUAUAUUUCCUUUCCAUUUUUAGUAUAAAAUUCAUAUAAAAUAGUAUUAUCUGAGAAAAAUUCUGAAUAAUUACUAGAUAUUAUAUUACAUCCAUGUGAUCGACUUAGAAAAUUACCGCUAUUUUUGGAAGUUUUAUUGAAGUAUAAUUGAUAUAUUUGUUCAGAAAUACUUCUCAAUAUCCAAAGAAUCAUAUUUUCUAGUUUUAUAAAUUGUAUGUUUGCAUGAUUUAAUAUACAAUGACUAAGUCACGUCAGUACUCUCUCAAGAGGUGGUGACUCGUCGCCCAAUGGAUCAUCCUCUUCCCGAAGACAGCUUGUUCGUCGAUCAAUCGAAGAUGAUUUACUCGAUGGAUUUGCAAUCUUUUUAUCAUGAAUUCUUUAGCAAUUUGAGUAACAAUGCUCCACAAAUCGCAUUGAUGAGAUUUUUGCCGAUGAUCCAGUGAUUCUAGUUGCUUAAUCCUUCUCCAACAAUCUACAGAAAAGUCAUGAUAAUCAAAUAAAAAUAUGAGUUUUUGCUCUAUGAGGAUUCAAACCUGUGCCAGUUGCCCUUGCCUCUUCUAAGGAAGGUGAAGGGUUUAGUCCCACAUCGGUUGUGUGCCAAAUUUUUGGGUGAAUACAUAGUAAUGUUACAUUCCUAAGCAAAGUCCCUUUCUCGUGCGUGUACGACCACUCUUUGCCCCAUAGCCAACUGACCACCAGUGACAUGGAAGGGGAGUGGCACACAUGUGCCCCCAUUGGUUCAAGUUGCUCGAGCCCCUGCUUGUGACUACUCCUUGACUGCGCUUCUGACCCACUUACAGGCCCGGCUAGCCGGUGGGUCUCCCCAUUUUGUAAUAUUUUUAUUUUUAUUUCUUGUUCUUCAUUUAUCUCAAAAGUAAGACUAUAAAAAUUGUAUAAAAUCACAUAAUUACCCAAAAAUUCACGUUAAUCAACUAAAAAACCAUUUUUUGCACUUUAACACAAAUAGAAGUCUAUUUAUCAUGAGUUAAGACUAAAACUAUAUUAUUUACUAAUUAUUAACUCAUGAUAAUGAAGACUUAUCACUCUCCCUCCUUCCCUCUCUAUCUUAGGUCACGAAGAAGGUAACUCACAAAUGUUAAUCUCUCACAAAAUUUAGUGCUUCUUUUUGAGGGGGGGUCCUACCUCCCCUUAUAUAGGGCCCACAAGUGGGCUAAGGGGAGGUGGGCCCACUUGAGGCCCUCAAGCCCAUAAGCCACAAAAAGGCUACAAAAGGGGCUUAUUGGGCCUCUAAAGAGAGACCCAAUAAGCUCCCCUAAAAGGAGAAAGAGGACAGCCCUCGUACGGUACUUAAGUGGGCCUCAAAUGAAGACCCAAAUAAGCCCCAAAAGAGGCCCAAAAGGAAAGAAAUAUAGGUCCCCCCUAGGGUUUUAAUUAGGCCUCAAAAGAAAGACCCAAUAAAACCCUAAAGAAAGGGAGACACAAACAAUAACACAUGCACAUAGAAUUGGGCCUGCUAACACACAAAUGCGAGUCCCAAUAAGUCAACAUGAAAAUAUAAAGAAAGAUAAGGGUGAGCUCGAGCUCGUCGUCAUCAUGGAGGUGGAAUGUCAUCGUCUCGAAGGGGUAGGCCAUGUAGCAAAAGCUAGGCUCCUUCGUCUUCGCACAUCGAUCAGACUAAACUCAGAUUGUUAGUGUCUCCUGAGCUGAUCAAGAUGGAUCCCACUUGCCAUCACUAAAGGGGUAUCAUUUCUAAUUAUAUUUUUUUUAUGUAUUGAAAUAUGAUGUUUGAGAUUUAUGAAUUUUUUUUUUCGUAAUUUUAUUACCAAGGGACUAGCAAUGAUUUAAGUUGAGGGGUGGGAUAAGUCUUCAUUAUCAUGAGUUAAUAAUUAGUACAUAAUAUAGUUUGAGCAUUAACUCAUGAUAAAUAGACGUAUAUUUGUGUUAAAGGGUAAAAAGUGAUUUUUAGUUGAUUAACGUGAAUUUUUGACUAAUUAUGUGAUUUUCUAUGAAUUUCUAUAAUUUUUAUAGCCUUAUUUUUUAGAUAAAUGAAGAAAAAAAAAUAUAUAUAUAGUAAAAUGGGAGGGACCCACUGGCCAGCAGGGCCUGCAAGUAGGUCAUAAGUGUAGUUGGGGAGUAGCCAUAAGUAGAUGCUUGAGCGGCUUAGACCUUCACCUGCAACUAGUGACCAGCCGACUGUGGGGCAAGGAGUGGUGUACACAUGAGAGAAAGAGACUCAUUGCUUGCAAAUAUGAUAUUACUUUAUAUUCGCCCGAAACUUCAUCACACAAAUGAUGUGGGAUUAACCCUGUGUCACACCUUCCCUUGAAAAGCUUUGAAGAUUUUAAUACCUAAAAUACCCCUUAUUUAUAACAAAGAUAUACCAUGAUGAUGUCAUUUGAUAAGGGCAUUAGAAUACUUAUUUUAAUCUCUAUUAUGUAGGUAGGCAAUUGGUGUAGGUUUGUCCUUCUAGAGCCAAAACUUAUAUUUUUAUCUGAUUAUCGUGACUUUUCUACAAAUCACUAGUUAAGGAUUAAGCUGCCAUAAUCACUAGAUCAUUGGUAAAAAUCUUGUCAAUGCGAUUCGUAGAGCAUUGUUACUAAAAUUAUUGAAUGAUUCGCAAUAAAAUGAUCACGAAUCUAUUGAGUAAAUUAUCUCUGAUUGAUCAAUGAACAAGACGUCAUUGAGAAGAGGACAAUCCAUUGAGAGACAAGUCGUUACCUUCUGAAAAUGUACCAAAUGUGAUGAAAACCCUCCUUAAUAAGUGAUAAGUCUUCAUUAUCAUGAGUUAAUAAUUAGUAAAUAAUAUAGUUUUAGCCUUAACUCAUGAUAAAUAGACUUAUAUUUCUGUUAAAGAAUGAUUUGUGGUUUUCAGUUGAUUAACGUGAAUUUUUGGGUAAUUAUGUGAUUUUAUAUGAUUUUUACAGUCUUACUUUUGAGAUAAAUGAAGAACAAGAAAUUUUAAGAAAAAUAUUACAAACUGGGGGACCCGCCGGCUAGCUGGGCCCGCAAGUAGGUUAGAAGCGCAGUUGGGGAGUAGCCACGAGUAGGGGCUCAAGCAGCUUAGCUUGGACCGAUAGGGGCACGUGUAUGCCACUCCCCUUCCACGUCACCAGUGGCUAGCCGGCUGUGGGGCACGGAGUGGUCGUACACGCGAGAGAACAGACUUUGCUUACAAAGCUAACAUUAAUAUAUAUUCGAUCAAAAUAUCGGCACACAACUAAUGUGGGACUAAACCAGCGUCACACCUUCCUUAGAGGCAAGCGACUAGCGUGGGUUCGAAUCCUCCCGGAGUCAAAAUUCAUAUAUUUUUAUCUGAUUAUCACGACUUUCUUGCAGAUCAACGAUGAAGGAUUAAGCAACAAGAAUCGUUGAAUCAUCGGCGAAAAUCUCGUCAACACGAUUCGCAGAGCAUUGCUACUAAAAUUAUUGAACGAUUCGCGAUAAAAGGAUCACGAAUCCAUUGAGUAAAUCAUCUCCGAUUGAUCGACGAACAAGCCAUCAUCAGGAAGAGGACUGACGUGAGUCAGUCAUUGUAUAUUAAAUCACGCAAAUAUAAAAUUUAUAAAACUAGAAAAUAUGAAUUUUCAGAUAUUUAGAAGUAUUUCUAAAUAAAUAUAUUAAUUAUAAUUCAAUAAAAAUUCCAAAAAUAGCGGUAAUUUUCCAGGCCGAUCAUAAGGAUGUAAUAUAAUAUCUAGUAAUUAUUCAGAAUUUUUCUCAAUGAAUACGAUUUUCUAUGAAUUUUAUACUAGGAAAUAAAAAGGAAAUAUAUUUAAAAUUCACAAAAAAAAGGAAAUAAGGGUGUGGACAUCAAGAUGACAUCAGCGCCCGGCGAAUGCAAAUCGGGUGGAAACAGAGUUCCACUUGGCGAUUCUUACGUAAGCAACUACAGAUGAUUUAAUUAAUCAAAUUAAGAUCUAUAAAAGCGGAAAGAAUCGUAAUUGAACGAAGUAUAGUUGGUAAAUUAAAAUCACACAAAGUAUCACUAAAUGAAGUGUAAAUUAAAUUGAAAGCAGGAAAAUAGAGUUCCGGCAUCGUGACGGUGAUGCAUCGGUGAUGCACCGGAAUCCUGAGCGUUCGAGAGGAUUAUCGUGCAGUGUCCACAGCCUUGAAGGCUCUCCUUGGACAAAGACAGCGUGGGCAAUCUCUAGAUCUUCUCGCAAAAUCUAGAGAUCAAUGAAGUGGGUCGUCGAUCGUCUCCGGUGGCUGUCACCCGACAGAGUGGAAAAACGGCAACUUUGCGGCUCUCCAGCAGCUGUCACCCGACGAAGAGGAGCUGGAUGGAGGUGGGACGCAUGUCAGGGAGCUUCAUCCUCAAGUCCGCACAGCAAGAGGAGGCUCUUCAUCACAUCUAG